UGACCAUGAGGCGGCUAGCCAGCACGCUCGACGAUAGCGAUCAACUCCCUUAAAUCUCUUGGAGAAAACGAAGCCCAUUUACGCGGUCGCGUCUUCUACAUUUGGUCGACUUCAAUGGCAUCACGUCAUUGACGCCGGCCACAGCCCUCCAGCAUCGGACAGCCGCCGCCGUCGUCCAAAGCCGUUGUGUCUCACCCUUCAACCUCCCCCGUCUGGAGGAGGCGCCCUUUGGAAUGUCCAAGCCAGCCUCCCGUGGGCUCCGUGCUACUGCGUGGCCUGCCCCGUCCCGCCCCUGCCAGGCCGGCUGUCUACCCUCCCUGCCGACGCGGAAUUCAAUGCAGAACGAGACAUUCGUCUCUGGCCAUCAUGGGACAUGCAUUUCUCUGCGACCACUUAAUAGCGUCCUCGGCCUGCACAAUGGGAGACCCCGCGGCCUCUUUGUCUGAGGAAUGAAGGGGGCUGUAUGGCCAGGCCGGCCAGCCAUCGACUUGGUCCCUGUUGGAAGAUGCUGCCCCUCGCGCGUCCAUCCAUGUGUGUGUUCACUAUGUUCCGAUCUCCUGUCCGCGUUGCCCAGUGACUGUUCCUCUUCUCUUCUCUUCCAACAUCGCUUGUUCUGGAUGGCGACGUGAGAACCUCGCGGCUUCAGCAUCUUGCGCUUCCUCGCGCAACAGUCGUGAGAAGAUGGCGUCGCUACCGACGACUCUCGCGAUCCUGUUCCUCGCUCAGGUGGCAAGCUGCCAGCCCUCCAUCUCAUUCCCCUUUAACGCGCAGCUGCCCCUCGCCGCCCGGAUAGACGAGUUCUUCUCAUAUUCUUUCUCGCCAUAUACCUUUACAUCCGGCUCCAAAAUCACAUACUCGCUCGGCAACGGCCCAAGCUGGCUGUCGAUCGAGAGCAGCACACGGCGGCUGUAUGGGACGCCGAGAGACUCCGAUGUUGCCAAAGGCGAAGUCGUGGGCCAGCCCGUUGACAUCAUCGCAACGGACAGCACGGGCUCGACAACCAUGAGCGCCACCGUGGUGGUAUCUCGAAGUCCGCCGCCAACGCUACAGGUUCCGCUUUCAAAGCAAAUCGAGAAUUUCGGCAAGUUCUCGGCUCCGUCAUCCAUCCUCUCGUACCCAUCGACGCCGUUCAAGUUCAAAUUCGACCGGGAUACGUUCGGCAAGGCAGGGCUCAACUACUACGCGACUUCGGGCAACAGCAGUCCCCUGCCCGCCUGGGUCAAAUUCGAUGCCAGCACACUCACCUUCUCUGGCCAAACGCCUCCAUUCGAGUCGUUAGUUCAGCCACCGCAGACGUUCGACCUACAGCUAGUCGCUUCCGACGUUGUCGGCUUCUCUGCCGCAUCACUUUCCUUCUCCAUUGUCGUUGGCAGUCACAAGCUCACGGCGAAUAAUCCGAUCGUCACUCUCAAUGCGAGCCGCGGCUCUGAGCUCACGUACGACGGCUUGGAAAAGGGGAUUCAGCUGGACGGGAAACAAGUUGGCUCAGGCGACGUGGACGUUACAACCAGCAACAUCCCGAAGUGGCUUUCCUGGGACCCGAAAACGCUCAAGCUUCAAGGCACUCCGGGGCCGGGUGAUCACUCGAGCAACUUUACCGUCAGUUUCCACGACCCUUUUGCCGAUUCCUUGGAUGUCAUCGUCAUCGUCAAUGUGGCAUCCGGUCUUUUUGAGUCUACCCUCGGCGACCUGCAAGUCCAGCCAGGGGCCGACUUCAGUGUCGACUUGAGCAAAUAUUUCAAGACCCCAGACGACGUGCAAAUCAAGGUCACCACCAGCCCAAGCGAGGACUGGCUCAAGGUCGACGGCUUGAAGCUCUCUGGCCGGGUACCGCGAACCGCGAAGGGCGCGUUCAAGCUCACCAUUGAGGCUUCAUCGAAGAGCUCUUCUCUCAAGGAAACAGAGACGGUCGGUGUGGAGUUCCUUGCUGUAGACGGGACUACUGCUACAAUGACAACAGCUUCCGCGACAUCGACAUCCGCCACGGCAGCGCCGACUCAGACCAACUCAACGGUUGCAGACUCUACAGACGCUCCGACCUCUGGCCACAUGAGCACAAGCCAGAUACUGCUGGCCACCAUCAUUCCGAUCAUCUUUAUCACUAUCCUCCUAAUGGCUCUCGUCUGCUUCUUCCGGCGACGCCGCGCCCAUAAUAACUACCUGUCUAAGAGAUAUCGCCGCAACAUCUCGAGCCCACUCCCCAAUACUUCCCACAGCACCGGGUCGGACCCAUCGAUGCGCGAAAUCGAGCACAUGGCGGGUGUCGCGCACACGGAGACUCACAUGCCCAAGACUCCCAACGAGGGGUAUACCGUGGUUCACUCCGACAACUCCCAUUCAUCCCUGCGGCCGUCGUCAGAGACUCUGGGGCAAAUUUCCGAUCCCGAGUUGCCUCGCGCGCUUCUGGCAUCCUCCGUUAGGACCGCGACCUCCCGAGGCCUGGAUGGCUCCUCCACCGGCGAUGACAACCGGCAAUCGUGGAUUACAGUUGAGGGAGACGCUGCAACGACCGCCGCCCGAAGCAUCAAGUCUGCACGCACCAACAUGUCAGAGGCAACAUUUGCAGGACCUGCUCACCAAGUCCUGCCUACGCCGAGUUUCCUCGCCGAGUCCCGUAACGACGACUUCCGAUCAGGUCUGGACUUUACUAUACCUUCCUUGGGAGACAUGGAACACGUACCGCCCGGAACCGCAGUGGAAUACAAGCCGCCAAAGCGAAUUGGCUCCCACCAGAGCCUGGACGCCCGCUCCACGAUCACUUCGAGUUCGGCAGCCCUGCCUACCGGCUUCGAGAGCAUGCAGAAGACGGUGCUCACAGAAGACGCAUCCGCGCCAAACUGGGAGACGUUAGCCGAGAGCGAGGUCGGCGACACGGCCUCCCAGCUGAGAAAGCCGGACAGAGCAUUCCUGGGCUCCCAGCCCGCAGAAUCCAGUCAGCUCUACGGCGCGGACUCGGCCAUGCUGAGCAGGGAGCUGACGGGAGACGUUUCGUUCGGCUCUUCGGAGAACUGGCGCGUCAUCGGCCGCCAAGGCACGGUGACGAGCCGCCCGAGCCCCUCAUACAAGUCCCUCGUCGAGUCGGCGCCCUUCCACCCCUCCCGGCCGAGCACCGCCAGGGACGGCGCCCGACCCGGCGAGCGAGCCAGCCCCGACCCCACCUCCUCCAGCCAGUGGACCGGUGACGACGCGCUCCCAUCGCGGCCGAUCCGGCCGUCCAUCAGUCUCGUCCCCAAGGAUAGCGGCGACGAGGACGACGAGCAGGACGAAGGGCACGCGAGCGCCGCCGCCGCCGCACCGUUGCCGCACAACACGAGCGAGUUCGCGUCGUCGAUAGCCCUCGAGCCGCCGACGUUGCCCAUGACGUGGAGCAGGGACCAGUCGGGGAACCAGCUGUCGGACGGGAGCGGGAGCUUCAAGGUGUUUUUGUGAGAGUGAGAGCGAGAGUGAGAAAGGUCGAAAGCGAGCACUUAUCCCCCCAUCCCCAACCCCAACCCUAUCCCAUCCUUUUUCCAUACAUGUUUUCAUUUGUGCCCGUACAAUGUACAACCAACCGCUAGAUACCAGCAGCAUUGCAGCAUUGUCCAUUUGUCAGUCAUCUAGAGGGGAUACCAAAAGGCAACGAGGUCCUUGUCUGGCUUUUUCGAGUAUCGCUACCCCUAUUACCAAACUCUUCUAAUACCAACUUUGAUCAAGUCCAUUCAUUCACAG